AUGUUUGCCACUUAUAUGAGCGGCAGGGGUUGGAAGCAGGGGGACGAGGAGGGCAAGUGGGCCGAGAAGGCCGUCUACUCGCUCGUCAAGAAGCUUAAGAAGCAAAAGGGAGCCGUCGAAGAGCUCGAGAGGGCCCUC